UUGGUCGUUACGCUUGCUUACGAGCUAAAAGAUGGCGAAGUCGGUUUGUUCUUCCUCCUGAGUCAACCGCGUUGGACCAGAGCUGGAAGAGAGAACGAAGCCGCCCCCACAGCACUCGCUUCCCUUCCCUUCUUCCUCCUCCUCCUCUUCUUCUUCUUCUUCUUUUGACUUUCUUCUGAUUUCAGAAUCACCACCACCACCCCCUCUCUCUCUCUCUCUCUCCCCAUUCACACGCUCCUACUCGGAGCUCGCUUCUCCAUCUCCUCAGCAACGUGCUUAUAUCCGACAAUCCUCGCGAUCUCGCGGUCCGUGGGGUUCCUUCUGUGCCUCCAUCCGAUCCUUCGUCUGAACGAUCUUCCUAUUUCGAAGCACGAGGUUGUGUGGAGGUUUUGACUCCCUCUUUGUUGCACGCUCAGUGUGAGGAGUUGCUUCACUAGGUGAUUUCGAGCUCUCGUGUUGUUGUUACUUCUUGUCUUCUCUUUUGACGAACAGGUAAUCAUUUUAAGUUGUUGAAGUGAUUCAUUGGGACGAAGGGUCUGUCGCUGAUUCUUUUGAUGUCUGUGAUCGCUGGAGUAUUUGGGCAAAUAAAAUUGCCGUCUGGGUGUGCUUAGUGUCUCUGAGAUGUUCUUAUAAGGAUACCCUUUUUGGCGUUCGUGGCUAGAAAUCGCGAGACUUGUAUAUGUAUUGAGACUAUUGGAAGGAUUACUGAUAUCUAGUCUUUAAAGUUAAUGGAUAAUGGGAAUGAACUGUCUUCGCCAUCGUCUUAUUUGUCAAAUGGGUCUACCGAUCACGACGUGUUGGUUCCUGCCAUGAAUCUAGAGUCAGGCAAUGCCCUUGAUCUUCUGAGUUUGAGCAAGCUCAGCAGUAGCCUCGAGAAGCUACUGGUUGGUGCCGAUUACAACUACAGUGAUGUGGAAAUAGUGGUUGAGGGCAUCUCUGUGGGAGUCCACAGGUGCUUGUUGGCAGCUCGGAGUCGGUUCUUUCACGAGCUUUUCAAGAAGGGAAAUGGCAAUAAUGCAGGGGAAGGAAAACCGAGGUAUCUCAUGUCGGAGAUGGUAAGCAAUGGUCGUGUUGGAUAUGAGGCUUUCGAUGUUUUGUUGAGUUACAUAUACACGGGAAAGCUGAAGCCAUUUCCAGCGACGGUGUCAACAUGUGUGGACAGCAGUUGCACGCAUGACGCGUGCCUCCCUGCUAUUAACUAUGCCGUGGAGUUGAUGUAUGCCUCGGCCACUUUUCAGAUAAAAGAGUUCGUGAUGCUUAUUCAGCGUCGUCUUUUCUACUUUGUCAAGGAGGCUGCGGUGGAAGAUGUCGUCCCCAUACUUGUGGUUGCUUCCGACUUCCAGUUAAACGAGCUACUCUCGUGCUGCAUCGAAAGAGUUGCAGGAUCUCAUAUGGACAGCAUUGUGUUAGAAAAGGCGCUUCCUCAUGAGGUUUAUACUAAAAUAAAAGUACAACGUGACAAAUUUGGCAGGGCUGCUGAACCAAUGGUAACUGACGUGAAUCCCUUGCUGGAAAAGAAAAUCAAGCAGGUCCACAGAGCUUUGGACUCUGAUGAUGUCGAAUUGGUCAGGCGUCUCUUACAUGAAUCGAAUGUCACUCUCGAUGAUGCUUUUGCUCUUCACUACGCCACUGCUUUCUGUGAUCCCAAGGUUUUCAAGGAGGUGCUUGGUCUAGGAUUGGCUGAUCUUAACCUCAAGGAUUCUCAAGGAUACACAGUGCUUCAUCUGGCUGCGAGGCGAAAGGCACCGUCUAUUUUAAUGGCUCUGCUGGCUAAGGGUGCCUGUGCAGUGGAAAGAAUGUCGGAUGUUCAAACAGCUGUUACAAUUUGUCGGAGAUCGACAAGACCCAAGGAUUAUAACCAGGAGACAAAACAGGGGCAGGAAUCUAACAAAGACCGAAUAUGCAUUGAUGUCCUUGAACGGGAGAUGCAAUGUAUUUCAGUGGCUGGUUACAUGUCUAAUUACGUGUCAAUUUCAACAGAUGCAACAGCUGAUGACAUUAUGAGGCUUGACUACCUGGCUAGCAGAGUGAAAUUUGCAGGGACGUUUUUUCCUGCUGAAGCCAAGCUGGCUAUGGAGAUUGCAGAUGCAGAGUGGACCUCAUUGUAUAAAGUUUUAGCAUCAAAAAGCUUGAAUGGGAAGCAGGUUGAUUUGAAUGAAGGCCCUGCUUUCUGUGCUAACGAACUCCAAUUGAAGCUUCAGGCACUGCGUAGAACAGGCAUACUCAAGAUGUCUGCGUGCAAGAUUAUUCUUAUGGAUUGGUUUCUUACUAAACCCUGGAUGAUGUCUGCAAAUGAUUUGGAAUUCUGUGUACAUGCUCUCGACAGAUGUGUAUAUCCACGUCUUAUGAACAUAACCAGCCCAAAGCAUUUCUCUAGCUUGUGGCUUUUAGUUUGUAAACUGUACAAUGCUGAUAGACAUCUGUUUUGCUACGCAAUAAGCACCAUGAAAAGCAUUCAAAGCUUCUGCACCAAGGUUUUUACCUGAGAAAUCUAAACUUUUCAAGGAUUAUGUUUGUAUUCAGUGGGAUGAUGUAGGCGUGGACUGGACUAGAAGCCUCGUUACAAUCUGGAAAUUCUAAUCUGCUGAUUCCUAUAACUAAAUAAGGCCGUUAGUCAUUCUAAUACCGACAGCUCAUUGAAAUUUCUGUGAUUGCAGUGGAAAUGGGUCGGCGCUAUUUCCCUCAUUGCUCGGAUGUUCUCGACAACUUCCUGGACGAGGUUCCCGACGAUUUCUUCCUUGAAAAGGGCACAUCUGAAGAGAAGAGGAAUAAAAAGGCGCGCUUCAUGGAACUGAAGGAAGAG